UCAAUAAGCAAAAACCAAAACUCCCUUCUAUUUUUCUCGGGUGUUAGUAACCCCCAUCAACCCCAAAACCGUGUUUUCUCUCUUAUCACGCACUUUUCCUCCUCCUUCGUGCUGCCACUCGAACCAGCAGCCCCCACCUGCAUCGAACCGCCGGAGUUUUUUUUCCUUGCUCGCCAGAGCCUCGGGUUCUUUUUCUACUCUCCACUAUCUGUUUCUCUCUCCUCUACUUGCUUUACGUUGUUGUUGUUUCGCUGCGCUACUGGUGGUGUUGGUGGUGAUUCUCACCACUAUUUUUCUCUCUCUUCUGUUUUGUUGCGUGUUGCUGUUGUUGCAUCGGUGUCGCUGCCGACACGAUCGUGCGGUGCUGCUGCCGCUUUAUCGUGACCCAUCUUGAGAGUAAAUGCUGACGAAAUUUCGAGUCAAAUUAGAAGACUAUUGUAUUAAGGUUUGUAUUAAUUGUGAUUGAGGAUCGGGGCGUUACACAACGGCUGCCUUGCCGGAAUAUCGGAGAUCCUCCGCACUAAGCUCGCAUGACUAAUUAGCAAGUGAAUAGUGGUAAUGGCUGCACCAGCUUCUUCAUCCCUGAAAGAAUACUUGAAAAAGUAUGAAAGUAAUGCAGUAAAAGAGGAGAAGAAGAAGAAAAAGAAGAAAACUAAACCAGUUGCCGCCGGCGUACUCGUUGUGGAUGAAGAUCCUGUGUGGCAAAAGCCAGUCAUUGUCGAAGAAGAGGAAGAAAACGAUUCACCUGAUGAGAAGCCACAAGUUGAUGAAGACAUAGAGUUUAAGAGGAUAAAGAGGUUAGAGCAGCUUAGAGCUAGGCGUUCUUACAAUGAAAUUUCUAAAGAUGGUAGUGGUUGGGUUCCGAUUUCUGAGGUGCCAAAGGUUGAUCCAAGUUCAGAUAUUUCCCCACCCCGUAAUCGAAAAGCUAGGUAUGACACACCUUCUCCAGAGGCUGGGGUAGAUGCUUCAGAGUUAGGUAGAGAACUUACUGAUCUGUCACCACCACGACAGCGUCGCCAACGUAAUGACACUCCUUCACCAGGGCGUGAUGAUCUGUCACCACCUAGACAACGUCAAAAGUUCUAUGAUUCUCCAUCACCUGAGAAUGAUACAAAGUCCCUGGAUGCCAGUAAGAAGGUGGAUUUCUCACCACCACGCCAGCGCCGUAAACGUUAUGAUUCUCCCUCACCAGAACGGAAAACCAAAGCUUCUGAUGCAGAUCAGGAUAGUGAUAUAUCUCCACCACGUCGGCAGGGACGAAGUCAUGGUUCCCUUUCACCCAUGCCUCGCAGAAAGCCUUUAGUUUCUGGUGUAAGAGACUCUAAUUUGGGUGACCUGUCUCCCCCCCGCCGAAAGCGUCCUAGUUCUCCAAAACUAAAUGAUUCAAGAGUUUCAGAGGACCUUUCACCUCCGAGGAAAAGCCAGCAGGGGAUUGGUAAAAGGGGUCACAGAGCAAGAGAGAUGCCUAACGAAGCAGAUCUUUCUCCCCCGAGAAAAAGAAAAGACCAACAGAAAACGGGUUUGAUUACGGGCAAAGAUGUUAGUGAAGAGAUUGCUAAAAUUAAAAAGGAUGAAUGGUCGAGAUUUAAUGAGAUGGAUCCUUCUAUAAGUGGACGUGGCGCGGAACCAGUAUAUCGUUACAAGGGAGGACGCAUAUCAAAGGAUGAGUUCUUGAAGUUAAACAAGAAAGAGGAAAAGCCCAAGGAGGAGAAGAAGUUGGAGUGGAGCAAGGGAUUGGCUCAAAAACGCGAAGCUGAAGCUAGGAUUCUUGAGCUGGAACUUGAGAAAGAUAAGCCUUUUGCACGGUCUAGAGAUGAUCCCGAACUCGAUAGAAUGAUGAAGGAUAGACUUAGGUGGGGUGAUCCAAUGGCACAUUUGGUCAAGAAUAAACAAUCCAACUUGCUUCUUUCAGACUUGGGGGAGAAUGAGAAGAUGAAAGAGUCUGGUUUCAUCAUUCCCCAAGAUAUACCUAGUCACAGUUGGAUCAAAAGGGGGCUUGACUACGAACCUAACAGAUACGGUAUUAAACCUGGGAGACAUUGGGAUGGUGUUAAUCGUAGUAAUGGAUAUGAAAAGCAAUUGUUUAAGAGGACGAACGAGAAACGGGCUACCGAGCGAGAAGCAUAUCUGUGGUCUGUAUCAGAUAUGUAAAGAACUUCAAAGAUGGGUUCUGCUGUAAAACUCACUGAAUUAUUUUGAAAGUUUGUUGAUUGCUUAGUCUAUCAGAAAACAAAGGAAAUUGGUACGGUGGCUUCUUCAAUCGUUGGCUCUCAUACCCCAACCAGCUACCUCUGUCACCUUGUAGCUUUCCUUGCACAAUCUCAAUUCCUUCAGAAUUCAGAUAUGAGAUUCUCUUUUUCUGAACAAUCUUCCAGCCCAUCUCCUCACAAAACCCCAUCAACCCCAAAUAUGGGCCUUGUUUUACAGGAGUGGUGCUGAUCACCUCUCAGCACUGACUUUGUUCGCUUGUAACUCGUGCUAGUACUAAUGACCUGCCUUGUUGCUGACAUCCUAUUUGGAGAAAACAGAACCGAUGGAAGGUAAAAGUCCUGUAGUAUUCUGCUAUUGAAACAACGUGUAAUUGUUAUGAACAGAACGUAUCUUUUGAUGCUUUAAUGGAUCUUUCGGCUCUUGUGAAACCAUUGGGUAUGCUGUAUUAGUUGUAUGUUAUAUAUUCAGAAGGUUUCUUGAACACUCAACUUCUUUUAGAUCUGUUAUCUAAACAAUCAUAACAGGAUUUUUGCUACCGUAUUUGAUUGUAGGAGAAUUCUACAUUGUACAGUAAUACACAUGCCCAGCUUUUCCAA